AUGCCAUGCAUGCUCACUAUGGUAUUGGUGGUGCUAGGAUUCACUCUCAGUCCGGAGACGUGUGAGAAAGUUGGCCUCCAGAUCUCCGUAUCGCUGGCCAUUUGCAUUUUCCUCACUAUAAUGAACGAGAUGACUCCACACACAUCCGAAGCCGUUCCUCUGCUUGGGGUCUUUUUUCAAAGUUGCAUGGUAAUAUCGGUGCUGGCGACAUCUUUCACCGUGUUCGUACAGAGCUACCACUUUCGUAGCCAACACAACACACUUCGCAUGACAUUC